AUGGCCAGCGCCGGUUCGGACGUGGAGCUCCUGCUGGAGGACCAGCGCCCGGAGCGCCGCAGCUUCGCGUUCCCGCGGCGCGUGGCCUUGGCGCUGGGCUGUGUGGGGCUUGUGACGGUUGGCGUCCUGGCACGCGGCGGAACCCGUGGCCUCCGCAGCAAGUCGGGUGCUUUCGUGCUCUUGGAUGCCGCGGCAGACUGCUUCGAGGCUUCCACCUACUACAGCAGCCCGAUCAAGAUGGCUGGAACGGAAAGGACCAGCGAGAUGACGCAGGAGGCCUGCCAACAGCGUUGCUUCUCCGUUGACGGGUGCGCACACUUCACUUUCUGGCCUGAUGGGGGCUGCCUGUUGACAGAUGAGUCAUCGGUUGCUUCACCUGCCCCAGAGAAGUAUGCAGAGACAGUAUCCGGACCACCAUACUGCGGG